AUGACUUCCGCUCUCCGCUCAUCCGCGCGUCACCUGCGCUCCGCCCUCACCACCACCGCCUCCGCAUUCGCCGCCGGCCCCGCAAUCCCCCGCGCGCCGUGCAUCGCCGGCUCUCUCGAGUCUGCCGCGUCGCUGCCGCGCGUCCCCCAAAACCCCGCACGGCCCUUCUCCCUUGCGCCCCCUUCUCACGCGUCGCCGCCUCUGCCAGCAUCGCCAGCAGCAUCAGACCUCCUCGCUCGCUUUCAACUCGUGUCAUGCGCGCCGCGCUUUUCGAUAUCGGCGCAAGGCGCGCCGACCGUUGAUCGGAUCGCAGGCGCAGGCAGAUCAGCUCCGCAGGUCUCCCAGCCGUCGAUCUCCCGAUCACCCCUGCCACGAAGCUUCGGCACGUUUUCGGCCCAGAGGCAGCGACUCAACACCCUCGCCGCGUUCCCGCGUGCGCUUGCCGCCGGUCCCGUACCCUCCCCCGCCUCCGCUGCGCCGUCGCUGCGCGCGCACGACGCAGUGGUUGCGGCGCGGGCGGCGGGCGCGGGGCAGGCGAGGGGCGUGUUCGUUGAGGUGAAGAAGGGCGACGUGGAUCGCGCAAUCAAGAAGUUCAAGAUAAAGUUACGAACGGACAAUGCUAUUCGGGUGGCUCGUGCGCGAUCGCACCACUGGAAGGGCGCGGAGCUGAAGCGGCUGCGCGGCAAGGAGGCGGAGAUCAGGCGGCAGCAGCAAGACUUCCGGCAGAAGCUCGCCUGGAUCAUGGCCAAACGCGCCAGGUGGGUGGGAUGUGAUGCUAGGUGGGUGGGAUGUGAUGCUAGGUGGGUGGGAUGUGAUGCUAGGUGGGUGGCAUGUUAUGCUAGGUGGGUGGCAUGUGAUGCUAGGUGGGUGGGAUGUGAUGCUAGGUGGGUGGCAUGUGAUGCUAGGUGGGUGGGAUGUGAUGGUAGGUGGGUGGCAUGUGAUGCUAGGUGGGUGGCAUGUGAUGCUAGGUGGGUGGGAUGUGAUGCUAGGUGGGUGGCAUGUGAUGCUAGGUGGGUGGCAUGUGAUGCUAGGUGGGUGGCAUGUGAUGCUAGGUGGGUGGCAUGUGAUGCUAGGUGGGUGGGAUGUGAUGGUAGGUGGGUGGCAUGUGAUGCUAGGUGGGUGGCAUGUGAUGCUAGGUGGGUGGGAUGUGAUGCUAGGUGGGUGGGAUGUGAUGCUAGGUGGGUGGGAUGUGAUGCUAGGUGGGUGGCAUGUGAUGCUAGGUGGGUGGGAUGUGAUGGUAGGUGGGUGGCAUGUGAUGCUAGGUGGGUGGCAUGUGAUGCUAGGUGGGUGGGAUGUGAUGCUAGGUGGGUGGGAUGUGAUGCUAGGUGGGUGGCAUGUUAUGCUAGGUGGGUGGGAUGUGAUGCUAGGUGGGUGGCAUGUGAUGCUAGGUGGGUGGGAUGUGAUGCUAGGUGGGUGGGAUGUGAUGCUAGGUGGGUGGCAUGUGAUGCUAGGUGGGUGGCAUGUGAUGCUAGGUGGGUGGGAUGUGAUGCUAGGUGGGUGGGAUGUGAUGCUAGGUGGGUGGCAUGUGAUGCUAGGUGGAUGGGAUGUGAUGCUAGGUGGGUGGGAUGUGAUGCUAGGUGGGUGGCAUGUGAUGCUAGGUGGGUGGCAUGUGAUGCUAGGUGGGUGGGAUGUGAUGGUAGGUGGGUGGCAUGUGAUGCUAGGUGGGUGGCAUGUGAUGCUAGGUGGGUGGCAUGUGAUGCUAGGUGGGUGGGAUGUGAUGGUAGGUGGGUGGCAUGUGAUGCUAGGUGGGUGGCAUGUGAUGCUAGGUGGGUGGGAUGUGAUGCUAGGUGGGUGGGAUGUGAUGCUAGGUGGGUGGGAUGUGAUGCUAGGUGGGUGGGAUGUGAUGCUAGGUGGGUGGCAUGUGAUGCUAGGUGGGUGGCAUGUGAUGCUAGGUGGGUGGGAUGUGAUGGUAGGUGGGUGGCAUGUGAUGCUAGGUGGGUGGCAUGUGAUGCUAGGUGGGUGGGAUGUGAUGCUAGGUGGGUGGGAUGUGAUGCUAGGUGGGUGGGAUGUGAUGCUAGGUGGGUGGCAUGUGAUGCUAGGUGGGUGGCAUGUGAUGCUAGGUGGGUGGGAUGUGAUGCUAGGUGGGUGGGAUGUGAUGCUAGGUGGGUGGCAUGUGAUGCUAGGCGUUCAAGGUACGGUGGGAUGAGGAGGGAUGUGGGCAAGCUUCCAGAUGGGGUAGUGUGCUGGGGAGAGAGUGCAGCAGUGAGCAUGGAUGCAUGGGGAAGGAGGGUCAUGGCUCUUUGCGGGUGGGAUCAUGGGCUCAUGCUUGGAGUGGUAUGGGCAGUCCCUCCAGGUAUGGGCAGUCCCUCCAGGUAUGGGCAGUCCCUCCAGGUAUGGGCAGUCCCUCCAGGUAUGGGCAGUCCCUCCAGGUAUGGGCAAUCAUUGCAGGCAUGGGCAAGCGAGUGGGAUGAUGGGAUGUGGGGUGAUGCAUGGGAUGGGUGA